GGUGAACUUUGUAUAAGAUUUGUUUUAUUUGUCUCUCUUUGUCCACAAUUUGACACUUUAUUAACAAAUUGAGAGUUCAUUCAUUCAAUGACAUGAAAUGAUUGCAUAACAAGUGAUGUCUUAUCUAAUGAUUAAUGUUAGGUAACCUUUGCUACUGGUUUUGAUGGGGCCCUCCUUAGAGGCCAAUCAUUGGCAUUGAUUGCCACUUCAUAUAUAGGACUGUUGUGUGAAAAACACAUUAACACUGGGAGCUAUACUCAAGCAGAGGACUGAGGACUGGGAGAAUUUGGACAACACUUGGAGCAGGUCUUGGAGGAGCACUGUUGCAAAUUUGGGAGAACCCGGGAAAACGUCAGUCCUUAUAGCCAAUGAAGUGUAGCUCAGAAUUGAGCCCAGAGUUGACUGGCAUUGGGACGGGUAGUAUAGUAAGGCAUAUGCGAUGGCAUAUAAUAUGGUUAAAGCACUGUUAGCUAUUUUUGCAGUGUUUGUUGUGUUUUGUGUACUAACUUAGUGUAAGUAAUAAUGGUUUGCAACGUCUUUCUCCUUCAUUGCAGACUUCAAGUUCAAGACAAGUGCUUAUAAGUGAUGUGUUGUGUGACUGAGCACUGAUAGCUCCGACUACUGACUCUCACCCCCUAAAUAAAAGUGAGUCGUUUGUCCAGUUUCUGGUUAGCACUGUUACCACUGUUGUUACCAUUACUGCCAUCAGUAUAGUUGACGUAUACCCUAUGGGCCAUUGGGGGAGAGGGAGACACAACUGAGGCACGAGAGAGACAGCGGGAGUUAAGAAGAGAGUUAAGAAUAAGUUAACAAAGUUUGCCACCAGUUGUUGCAGACCUGAGCUCUGUAUUCCUUAAGUCAGUCAUAAUUGUAUAACUGGUCGGAGCGUGUGUUCAGUGCUUAUGACUUGCAAUGCAUUAACCUUUAGUUGAGACACAAGUUUGCAGAUAUAGUGUCACACUUGCCAUCACUUAUACCAACUCUUAAUGCAAUCUUACCAACUCUUUAGCUGACCAUCGAUGCCAUUAUCAUUGCAAACAUUGCAUUGAAUGUCACAACAAGUGCUGGAUAUGAGUGUUGGAAAUAUUGCACAAAAUGUUUGGUCAGUCAGUGGCCGAACAGCACCUGUAGAUUGGGAUCAACAACACCAACAACAAGACUAUGUGACUAACCAACAGCCCAAUCAAAGUUCAUACCAUAUGACCAACCAUUUAGUGAGUUCACGAUCUCGAGUCCAAAGAUCACUGUUUGGACCAACUGAUCCUCAAGAGAAUCAUCGGAUGGCAUAUGAAGAGACUAAUUGUCGCCGAUAUGUAGACCGAAACCGAUGGAACUUUGAUUUCUAUAGUGAAAAACCAACUUCGGGUCGGUUUGAGUGGAAAAGAGUGGCCUUUAGUGACGAUAGGACUUCCAAUUUUGGACCAACCGGUGAACAAUCAGACCAUUUGUGGUCAAAGAAGAAGAGCGCCAAAUCAUAGAAACAAUAUUAUAGUAUAUUAUAGAUCGCAAACAGAUUAUCGUUGGGCUAAACAUUAGCCCUACGGUAGUCCUGAGUGUCCCUCAGCCCUACUGAGCCCCUGUCGACCCCUUGUCAGCCCCUAUGGCCUCAACACUACUCUAUUGGACAAUAUAUGUGACGUAUAUCUGGGCACCACUUCUCUCAACACUUCAACACAAGAUCUGCCAAAACAUCUCAAACCAACACUUGUGCCUAAAGUCGCGCCUAAAUAUCGUCACUAAUAAACAUUACGUAUUCCUAUAAUGACUGUCCUAUGCUACCGGUUCUCAUCAAUUGCUAUAUACUAGUAUAUAUAUGUUUAUAGAUAUGUAUUGAUUGACAUCAUGGCUGACUGUGGUGUCACAAGAAGAUCAAUUGAUAAUACAUAACCCAAACUUACAUUGAUAUGAGUGCCCAUCACUACCUGAGGACAACUUUUUGAUACCUGUUAUGCAGCCUUUCCUCUAAUAGCUAACUCUCUCUCUCACUAAUUCUAGUGUUUUAUAAUACAUUGCUCUAAGAUAUACU